CGCGGAGCGGAGCGGAGCGGCGCGACGCGACGCGACGCGACGCGGUACAGCAAACUACCACGAGCAUCGCAGCCAGUGGCGGCGGCGAUGUUGCGCCUGGUCGAGCGUAUAUGAGAAGGAAGCGGGCGCAACAUCUAUGUAUGCGUGAAAUGUUUGCGUGUAUAUGUGUUAUUUACGUACAACGUAUAUACAGGGUGUUCCUCGAAUCGAUCGCCAUGGCUUUUGAGAGUUCGAGAAACACCCUGUAUACGUGUACUUGCGACUGUAUGGAUAUAUGCAAAGACGUGUUGGUGGACACGGGUGUACCUGGCGGGAGAAGGUGCCCCGCGCAGCUUCGCGGAUCCGCCCGUGCAUUGGCGGCGUGCAUCUUCUUCUUCUUCGCCUUCGCUGUGCGUCGUCGCCAUCGCAUCGCCGCGAAAGUUCCGCGCGGCGCGGUGGGACGAAAAAUGGAUAAUCGAAUUCAACACUGGUAGGAGAGAGAAGAGAGACAGAGAGCGUUAUCCUUGGUCCUCCGUAAGUUCCCUUUGCUUCGUCGUCGUCCCAGCGGUGUGUGUGCCACGCGGUGGCGGCUUAACGCAAAAGAGAGCUCCCAGGAGAACGAGGAAUGGGACGAGAAGAGUGGAAUAGCAGAACGGGCGGGUAAGGGAAAGAUCCGAGAAGGCAGCAGCACAAGGCGGUAGUGGCAAAGAAGAAAAAAAUGAGCGCAUAUAUCGGAGCCGACCGUCGACGACGACGACGACGACGACAAUAUGCUGAGAACACGCAACACAUACACGCAUAUAUACACAAAAGGAAGGAUCUCCUCUAGUGUCACCACCAUUUGGCGGACUCCCGAUCGGCUACCGCUAGCGAAGGGCUGUAAGUCGCUCGAGGACGAUAAAACUAUCGCAUGGUCUGUGCGUAGAAAAAAAAUAAAUAUUGAAUAAGGCAAAUGGUACAACUUAU